GUUGGUGGGCUUGCCGAGCUGCUUACCGACGACUUCGCCACCUAUGGCUUCCCACGUGGGGCAAAGGUGAAAGUUCUGGAGAUCGUCGAGGGCAGCCCCCUUGAAGGGGGGGCGCUCAUCAAAGUCGCCCUCGGCGAAGGCGGCAUAGUGGCCUACCCGGAUCAGGAAAGCCUGCUGGCGCUGGAGGCCUCGAUUGAGUGCCCUGCCGUGGAACCUCCCCGUGCAGUCCCUGAUCCGCCGCUAGCGCAGCCAUGCGCCCCUCAAGGAGCAAGCAGCUUUCACAUGGAUGAGGAGGGCCCCAGAGUGCCACAGCACAACUACAAGGCACCCGUUUCGAUGACGCUAGCUGCCGAUCCGCGAUGCCGACAGAUGUGCCGGAUGCCGGAGCCCGUCAUCUACUUUCUACAGCCCUCUCGUCUGGUGUGCCUUCGGCUUUGGACGAAAGCCGAGAUGGGCUCGUGGGCCACCAAUGUGGUGGACGCAAUGCUGGCGGUUGUGCACAAGCAGCGGGUUCCCGACAUCAAGCGCAUCGACACGCCCCAGGGAUCCUGCCCGAUCCUGGAGCAACUGCAUGCGGAGGGCGUCUGGCGCUCGGAGGAGUACAGUGCGCUAGCCUCGAUAACAUGCCCCGACGGCAGCAGCCUCCGUGCCGUGGGCUUGGCUUCGCGCCUGCUGGACCGCACCAGGGCGAUGCACCUUUCCCUGGCGACGACGCUUGCACUGGAGCUGCUGAAAG